CGAAUUCUCUCUCCUCCCCUCUAUCUCUCUCUAGAAGGGCUUCACGAAUCGAGAGUGUGAAGAGAGAAGCUUCUUCUUGUCGUUUUACUCUCUCCAGUGUAACCAUUCUCAGUUCAACUUCACAUCUUCCCGCAUACAUAUCUCUGCUGAGCUGAAAUCACCUCCGAGCUCUCUUUAACAGAUCGAAUCUGACACUCCUCAGGGAGCGUUUAUCCUUCUAUAAGGUGGCUUUGCUUUUGUAUCAUCAAGCUAUUAACUCUAUGUCCAAGAAAGCCAUAAUUCAGUGUGGUGUCUCAAAUGAUCUGUAGAAAUCUUCUUAUGCUUGAUCAGCACCAAAAUGGGUGGCUUCUGUGUGAAAAUUUCCCAGCUGUUGCUUUUAAUCUUGCUACCAUGCACUCUAUUACAAGUAGCCCGCCCUCUUAGCCCUGAUGGUCAAGCACUUAAUAACUUUAGAACAGCAAUAGUUAGUUCAGAUGAUGUGCUUCGCCAGUGGAGACCAGAAGAUCCUGAUCCAUGCAGGUGGAAAGGAGUAAAAUGUGACCCAAAAUCCAAGCGUGUUACUUCCUUGAGCCUCCCUAAUCACAAGUUGAGUGGACCUAUAUCACCAGACAUUGGGAAACUAGAUCAGUUGCAAAUCCUAAUCCUUCAUGACAACAACUUCUAUGGGACAAUUCCUCCUGAGUUGGGGAACUGUACAGUGCUGAAAUCUUUGUUUCUGCAGGGUAAUUAUUUGAGCGGACUGAUUCCUGAUCAAUUGGGAAACCUUUCUUUUCUUGAAAAUCUGGAUCUUUCAAGCAACUCUCUCAGUGGAAAUAUUCCACAAUCACUGGGGAAUUUGAACAAACUGAUUAUGUUCAAUGUGUCAAACAAUUUUCUGACUGGACAAAUACCUUCUGAUGGCCAUCUUUCCAACUUUGGAAAUGACUCCUAUCAUGGAAAUCGUAAUUUAUGUGGGCAGCAAAUUAAUUCUGUGUGCAAAAAUAAUGCCGGAGGUCCUACGCCAUUCUCCCAACCUCCUAAUUCUGCUCAAGAUCAAAAUAAGAAAAAAUAUUCUGGGAGACUGCUUAUAAGUGCAUCCGCUACUGUGGGUGCUUUGCUUUUGGUUGCACUAAUGUGUUUCUGGGGUUGCUUCCUCUACAAGAGACUGGGCAAAAAUGACAGUGGAAGCCUCGCAAUGGAUGUUGGGCCAGGUGCCUCAAUUGUAAUGUUCCAUGGAGAUUUGCCAUACUCUUCAAAGGAUAUUAUCAGGAAGUUGGAAUCCUUGAAUGAAGAACAUAUAAUUGGUUCUGGGGGAUUUGGGACUGUAUACAAGCUUGAAAUGGAUGAUGGGAGUGUAUUUGCUUUGAAAAGAAUUGUAAAAAUUAAUGAAGGUUUUGAUAGGUUUUUUGAAAGGGAACUUGAAAUUCUUGGAAGCAUUAAGCACAGACACCUGGUAAAUCUGCGAGGAUAUUGCAAUUCUCCAACUUCAAAGCUGUUAAUAUAUGAUUUCUUACCAGGAGGUAGCCUAGAUGAAGCUCUGCAUGGGAGGUCUGAGCAAUUAGACUGGGAUGCACGACUAACAAUAAUCAUGGGAGCUGCAAAAGGGCUAGCUUAUUUGCAUCAUGAUUGUUCACCUAGAAUCAUACAUCGUGACAUAAAGUCCAGUAACAUCUUACUAGAUGGGAAUUAUGAGGCACGGGUAUCUGACUUUGGAUUGGCCAAAUUACUUGAGGAUGAGGAGUCCCACAUCACUACAAUUGUGGCAGGCACAUUUGGUUAUUUAGCUCCAGAGUACAUGCAAAGUGGCCGAGCUACAGAAAAGACUGAUGUUUACAGUUUUGGCGUUUUGGUUCUUGAAAUAUUGAGCGGAAAGCGUCCAACUGAUGCAUCAUUCAUUGAGAAGGGUCUAAACAUUGUUGGCUGGUUGAAUUUUUUGGUCACGGAGGACAGACCACGGGAGAUAGUAGACUCGUAUUGUGAAGGAGUGCAGGCAGAAAGCCUUGAUGCACUACUCUCAAUUGCAAUACAAUGUGUCUCUUCGAACCCAGAGGAUCGGCCCACUAUGCACAGAGUACUCCAGAUACUUGAAUCUGAAGUGAUGACUCCAUGCCCCAGCGACUUCUACGACUCCAACUCUGAUUGAAGAACUUAUAAAAAAAAAAUUGAGGACAAGGUCCUCUUUGAGUGAUUUUAUUCUGCUUCCUAAUGCAACAGAAUGCAGAAAUAACCACAUGGGAGGGGGUUGAGCUCACGAUCUGAAAUGUGGGAUUUCCUACUCCAUUUGUUCAUUCUUUCUGCAGAGUUCUGCCACCCCAAUGUCACCCCCCGCACAAUCAGAGUGGCUGUUUUGCUGUCAUGAAGUUCAUCUUGUUUGGUUCUGUUUGAAUUCCCCCGAGUGUUCACUUCUGUUUUCUCGCCCUUUCCACCUCUUGCAUUUUCUUUCUCGUAGCCUUAUUCUUUUUUCUUUUUUUUUUUCCCUCUCGUGUAGUGUUGUUAAUUUAAUUGUAUAUGAAAUGAUUGUGUUGAUUCGAUAUUAUUAUCCGUUGCCAAUUAAUCCCAUUUUGUAAGUAUGAGAUUACUCUUCACAGAAGUUACUCCAUAGAUCGGAUUGUAGACACUGUGACCGCUGUAUUAUUUUAUAAUCAAUGAAUAUGUACACGCAUGAAUUUAGCCUAAA